UCUCAGAUGCCCAAGCACCACAAUGCCUUUCAGAGGUGAUUUCACACCCUUUGCUUUUUGCUUCUCUUUGUUUUCCUCUGGGAAAGCAUGAGCAGCCCUGGAGGCUUCCUCCCAGGAGAGCACAUGCAACUGUAUUUACAGCCCCAGCACCACAAGCUGGGCUCUUGGAGUCUGGCAGGAGCUCACCUCUCUUCACAUCAGGUGCUUAACAGAGCUGAUGCCUGUGUGUGGAUGUUCUCUGCUGCACUGGGGAUAAACCCUUGGCUCCCAUCACUCGGUGACAGAGGGAAGGCACAGGAGGCAAGCAAAAUAAUGCCCAUAGGUUUAGGAUGCUUCAGCAUGCUGGAACUCAGAAAGGUAACACCUGGUCAUGAGAGGAAAUCACACGCAGACUAAAUUCAUCCUGUUGGGAAUUACAGACAGCCCAUAUGCGCAGGCUUCUCUUUUUGUCUUGUUUGUAAUGAUUUACAUUGUCACUUUGGGGAACUUUGGCAUUAUCAUCUUGGUUCAGGUGUCUCCCAGCCGCCAUAUCCCCAUGUACUUCUUCCUCACCCAUUUUGCCUUCACUGACAUCUGCUAUUCCACAGUCAUCUCUCCCAGGAUGCUGGCAGACCUGUUAUCAGAGGACAAAACCAUUUCUUUCACUGGCUGCAUGACGCAGUUCCUCACCUUUGUUUCUUUGCUACUAUUGAGUCACCUCCUGGCCAUGAUGGCCUAUGACCAGCACGUUGCUAUCUGCCAGCCCCUGCUUUAUGGGACCAUCAUCUCCAGCCCUGUCUGCUGGCAGCUUACACCUCACCUUUGUUUUCUACUAUGUGCCAUCAUCUACACAUGGUGUGUGUUUGGAGGUUCCUUCUGUGGUCCCAACCGCAUUGACCACUUCUUCUGUGACAAAGUUCCUGUAGUAAAGCUCGUGUGCUCUGACACCCACAGCAGUGAGAUGCUCAUCUUUGCCUUCGUCACCAUCAACGUAGUGGGCACAAGCGUGGUCAUUUUGCUCUCCUACAUCUCUAUCAUCCGCACCUUGCUGAAGAUGUGCUCAGCACAGAGCAGGGCCAGAGUCUUCCACACCUGUGCCUCCCAUUUGAGGGCUGUGUCCAUAUACUUUGGGUCAGCAUUCUUCAUGUACCUACAACCUUCUAGCCAUAGGAGCCUGGAUAAGGUGGCCUCUGUCUUUUACACCGUGGUCACCCCAAUGCUCAACCCAUUCAUCUACAGCCUGAGGAAUAAGGAGGUGAAGGGGGCUUUGCUGAAGUGUGUGAGGAGGCUGUUCAACCACUGGCAACAUACAAGACUUGUAUCAUGCAGGACAUGAAUACUCUACAUCAAGUAAGAAAGUCUAAACUAAUGGGAUUUUCCUCUAAUC